GUGAUGCAGGCAAGAGGGGACACCCUGGCCGGGUCCUUGCAGCAGAGAAAGGGACCAGUGCGUAGGUGGGCACCCCUCCAGCACGCUCCCCUUGCCCGGUGGAGGAAGCUUGGGAUGAUGGCGCAGCGGCUGCCGCUUUGUAGUGGGAGGCAGCUGUGAGAGAGGUGUUCUCUCCCCCUCCCUUUCCCCAGUCCUCCUCCUGCUCCUCCUCCUCCCCUUCCUUCCUUCCUUCCUUCCUUCCAUUCAUUCAUUCAUUAAUUUCUCUCCCUCUCUCCCCGCCCUCCCGGGCCUCCUAUGCGCUUCCGCAGUUGCUGCUGCGCAAGACCCAAACCGCGGCAGGUAAGGAAAGAGUUAAGUCCGUGGAGAGCUGACUUUUCGUGUCAGGAAAGAUUUUUGUGCUGCCUUUAAUCUAUCAGCCCUGUAAUCACACACACACACACACACCCCCAUGUGCACACCCCGGCGCACACAUCCACAAGCGCACUCUCUUCCCAUGGAGCGGAGCACCGAGGCAGCUGGAGAGAGAUCCUUCUGCAUCCAAGGAGACUCAGAGGUUCCAGGCCCUUGGCUUCUUCCCCAGCUCUGAGAAUCUGACAUAUGUAUGUUUCAUUCCUCUUCUCCCUCUUUUUCCUCUCUCUGCGGUCAGAGGCAUGGCUUUUGUUCUGCUUUUUAACAAAUGUACAUAUAAGAACUCAUGAACAUUGUUCCUCUGCGUUUCCAGCCAUUUGCCAAACAGGAAAAGCAUUUGAAUUCAAGCAGGAAGCCUUACUUUCCCCCCCCCCUCCCCCUGUGAAACUUUGAUUUUUUUUUCCUGGGGGGAAUUGCUGCGAAAGAAUAUUUCUGUUUCUCUCUCCUUGCCUGGGAGGAAGAAGGAGAGUUCUGGAAUUGAACAGAAGACGGAAAUGUGAUCAAAAUGUUGUCCAUCGUUAGGGAACCCUCUAAUAAUUCUGCUCGUGGGAAGAUUGAGCGGCUUGCAUUUUAUUUUUCUAAGUAAUUUCUUUUUUUUCUUUCUUUUUUUGGAUUUAUAAAUAUAUUUUGAAAUGGGAGAAGCGUCUCAGCCCAGGAUUGGCCAGCAUGUUUCCCCAGAGAUCUGCCUGGAAUAGAAGACCGAAGAAAUCGAAGACUUUAAUAUUGUCUUUUGGGUUUGUUUUUUUCAAAACUUUACACAAAAACAUUGGUGGCCGACUCGGCCUGCUUGGCAGAUUCCCCAGCGGCUUCUGGAUUCCCUAAAUACCUCCCCACUAGGGAUUGAGAAAAACCAGAAAACAGAAAACAACUAGCCGAACCUUCCUUGGUCCCUCUGGAUUCACAGCUACUGUAGGAUUUUGCUCUUCAAUCCUCCUUCAACCUCCCCACACACUCCCCCCCCCCCCAUCUUUUUCCCUCUUGUUCUGCCUGGAGAAGAUGUACGAAAGUGUGGAUGUAGCUGGUUUAAACGGCAGCCCGAACCCCUUCUUCAUGAUGGAUUUUUACAACCAGAACCGUGCAUGCUUGAUUCAGGACAAAGGACCCGGGAACCCCAACCCGUAUGGGACCCCUCUCCGUAACCAGCACUGGAACAAUUCCAACCACUCUAUCGAAACGCAGAGCACCAGCUCAGAAGAGAUUGUGCCCAGUCCCCCUUCGCCGCCCCCUCUGCCCCGCAUCUAUAAACCCUGUUUUGUAUGCCAGGAUAAGUCCUCCGGCUACCACUAUGGGGUCAGUGCCUGCGAAGGAUGCAAGGGUUUCUUCCGACGCAGCAUCCAGAAGAACAUGGUGUACACUUGCCACCGUGACAAGAACUGCAUCAUCAACAAAGUGACGCGAAACCGUUGUCAGUACUGCCGCCUGCAGAAGUGCUUCGAAGUUGGCAUGUCCAAGGAGUCCGUCCGGAAUGACCGGAACAAGAAGAAGAAGGACACUCCGAAGCAAGAAUGUUCAGAGAGCUACGUCAUCACUCCAGAGGUGGAGGACCUCAUCGAGAAAGUGCGUAAAGCCCAUCAGGAGACCUUCCCGGCCCUCUGCCAGUUGGGCAAGUACACCACGAAUAACAGUUCGGAUCAGCGGGUGUCCCUGGACAUUGACCUGUGGGACAAGUUCAGUGAACUGUCCACAAAGUGUAUCAUCAAGACCGUCGAAUUUGCCAAGCAGUUGCCAGGUUUUACCACGCUCACCAUCGCUGACCAGAUCACGCUCCUGAAAGCAGCCUGCCUCGAUAUCCUGAUCCUGCGGAUAUGCACACGCUACACCCCGGAGCAAGACACCAUGACCUUCUCGGACGGCCUGACGCUCAACCGCACUCAGAUGCACAAUGCGGGCUUUGGGCCCCUCACAGACCUGGUCUUUGCUUUUGCCAACCAGCUGCUGCCGCUGGAGAUGGACGAUGCCGAGACGGGCCUUCUCAGCGCCAUUUGCCUCAUAUGUGGGGAUCGGCAGGACCUAGAACAGCCGGACCGAGUGGACAAGUUGCAGGAGCCGCUACUGGAAGCCCUGAAAAUCUAUGUGAGGAAGCGAAGGCCCAGCAAGCCUCACAUGUUCCCCAAAAUGCUAAUGAAAAUCACAGACCUGCGAAGCAUUAGUGCAAAGGGUGCUGAACGCGUGAUCACGUUGAAAAUGGAGAUUCCUGGAUCUAUGCCGCCCCUCAUCCAGGAGAUGCUGGAGAACUCUGAAGGCAUGGACACUUUGGGGGCCACAACGGGAGCCUCCUCCCGCAUUGUCCCACCUCCCGGCAGCUGCAGCCCCAGCCUUUCACCCAGUUCCAACAGAAGCAGUCCUGCCACACAUUCGCCAUGACCAUUCUAGCCAUCAGGACAAGCUGUGUGACCCCCACCCAACCCCUGCAAUACACUUUGGUAUUUUGUUCCCCAGGAAGCCCGGACAAAGGUUUGAGGAUCGGGGUAGGGGGAAGCAAAGGGGUGGCAUGCUGCCUCAAGCAUAUCCCCCCCCAAGUCACAUGGUCGUGGUCAAGCCUGUGGGGAGGGGGCAAGCUCUGUGUACCUAUUCCAUACCAGCACACUAUCUUUCGUUGGAUCGUUCCAGAAAAAACAGGGUUCUGCUUGCUAUAAAAGACCCCCUUUUCCCCCUGGGGAGGCACAGUUCACAUGAAGGAAAUUCUGAUUUCUCUUCAGACAGAUAGACAUGUAGAUCUGAAGGACCGAGGCUCAGAACCAGGAGUGAGACUUUGAGAAGCAAAAAAACCUGAACUGCUCCAGAAAAAAUUGCCUCCUUUGUGGCACGCACCCCCGGCCCCCCACUGGUCCCCUUCACCAUGUCGUGAGCACAUAACACACCUCCACAAAGGGGCUGCUGCCAGCUUCAUGUUGCAGUGAAAAUGAAGUGGUGUUUUCUCUGGCUGUUUGCAUUUCAGAUGUUUCAGGGGAAAGGUUGUAAUGUUUUCUGUUGUUGUUUUUUUUUUAAAUUGCUCAACCCCAGUUUUGUCCUCAAGUUCCCAGAAUUCCCCGUAUCUCCUUCCCCAUUCCUAGUCCACUCACACAUGCCUAAAAAUGUCACCAGCAAAUAAAAAAAAAUAAAAGUAAAAUUAGUUCUUCAGGUAAAAAAAAA